UUACAAAAUACAGUCAAAUAGGAAGAAUAGAGUCCACCGCUGCUUUUAACAAAUCAGGAUGCGAUUUUAUGUUCAUCUGGGAUACUUGGUUGUUAUUAUCACAAGGACAAUUUUCGGGAAAGAAGAGGUUGUUAAAUGCCUUACAACCAGAUCAGAAAGAAUUAAGCUGUCAUGCCCCAAAGGCCUAGUUCUCUAUUCACCUUCCAUUAUUGCGGGUGUCAGUGCGCAUGCGCAAGGUUGCAAACGCGAAGAGAAUGAUUGCACGGGCGUUCCUCUUGCCCUCGAAAAGCACGUGCAAUCGUGCUACUGGCGAAGUUCAUGCGAGGUAACUCUCCGACGAGACUAUACGCUUAAGUGCGACGGUGUGGAUAGAAAUAUAACGUAUGUGGUGUUUGGGAACAUGUACUGUGUUUCCAAAGAUGACAUUUUCGACAUUUGCUCUAAAAAACAAUGGGGAAAAAUCGACCUGCCCGUCGGUGUUAUUAAAAGCCAUCGUACCUAUCCGCGCGAAAAGCCGAGAGCACGGUGCGUAUGCGAAAUAACGAUACCGGUAAAGCAUACAAAUACUUUGAUACUUCAAAUUUUCCCAUUCGACAAAAAACUUCCUUUAGGACUCAAGGUGGAGGAGGUUCAACGUGGAACACUUCUAAUCACAAGAAUAUCCAAAAUAGUUGAUGCUAAGACGAUGGUCUACGGGAAUGAAACAAAGGCGAUCAAAGUGACGGCUGACUUCCGGUGGAAGCGGAAACAGAUCUCUGGAUUCAUGCUCUCCUUUAUUGCUUACAAAACUACUCAGCUAAACCAGUUUCUAGAGAUUCCCAAUGCAAUGCUCCCGGUAUUGAAAGAACUGAGCUCGGUGUUCGAAGUCCGACCAGUCAUUGAGCAGUGCGCCUCCGUUGGUAACGGUCGGAUGGAGCUGAGCUGUAGCAAGAACGAGGUCAUCUACUCGCCGGCGAUCUACGGCUCUAGCUACAGCCGCUCCCUCGAAAAGUGCAUCUUCGGGCAUUACCCUUGCGGCGGCCUAACGCCGAGUCUCAUAGUGCAACAGAACUCGUGCUUCUGGAAGGAGCAUUGUCACGUGACCUGGGCGGCUGGUGAGAAGCUGCUGCUGUCGAAAGAGACGCGCUGUAUCGGUUACACCAUGUCGGCUGUCGGCACAACAGGCCAUAGGUGUGUCCAUCGAGGUAACAUCUACGACCUGUGUAUGAACGGCACGGAAACGGUGGACGCUGCCUGGGGCAUCUUGCGCAGCCAUCCUACCUAUCCCUGGUUCCUGCCCUCGCACACCUCGCACACCGACUACAAGACCAUCAUCAAGAUCGGCAGUAAGCGUGCUCUACAGCUGACGAUACAAGACAUCAAUCUUGACCCGGACGGCCGCGACAAGUUCAAAAUAUACCACAAGACCCGGCGCGGGGGUCAGCGCGUGUUGCUGGAGUCGCGACAGAAGCAGGGGCAGGAAGGGGAGGUCAUCAACGCGAGAGAGGGGAAACUGAUAAUCAAACUCCGACUGCAGGGGGGCUCAAAAUCUGGCCGUGGAAUAGUUCUUGUUUUUAGGCGGUUUCCUUUAUCAAAACGCGACACACCGGAUGUGCCCUACGCGUAUGGAUCAUCCUCCGCAGCUGGCAUCGUCAACGACGCCGAGAGCGCCCCUAUGCGGCACUUUACAAACCGGAUGUUGUGUUCUGGCGGAGAGAAUCUUCGGAGGCAGGGAAGAUCGUGUGCUCCACGAGUUUGGACGGACUACUUUACCAAACUGGAAUAAUGCUGGUUAUCGUUCCCCAUUCGCGGCUGGCAAAGUGCAAUUCUUAUUUCAUAGAAUGAGUCCUUAAAAAGUUUAAAUUAUGUUGAUUUGGUGUAUACUAAACCAAUGAGUAAUUCAAUUGCAAUUAAUUCGAAUUUAAUGUUCUCUUUAAUUGCUUUUUGAUUCAAUUAAACUGCUAAGAGUCAAUCUCAAUGUCGAGUUGUCGUUCCAUGCUCUCACGUACACGAAUGUAACCGUCGUGCAAGAGAUUGGCUACGAGAUUAAAAUUAACCCUUACGUAUUUGUUUAAUAAUUCUGAGCUAAGUGUGAGAUUUGUCUUGCCCUAAAUCUUGAAUUUCAUUUCUAUCAUAUUAAAUGCUUUUGUACUUUUGUUUACUUUGUAAUGAAAUUAUAAAUAAUGUGAAAUAUUUGCCGUAUCUACAAUUUGUUUGGCGAGUUAUGAACAGGUUUGGUACGGCGAUUUGUGUAUGUUACUGUAUACAAUGUUCAUAACUGCUUAAAAUGCUAUUUCAGC